UACUCAAACUGUAUCGCUUUCACGACUCUGAGUUUCAAUUUGCUUUGUCGUCCAGAAAGUUCGUCGAUAAACGUACGCUAACUUUCAUUGACCGGCAGAACACUUCACCGGCACCACCAUCACACCGAAUAGAAGCAUGAGAAGAACUUCGGCACAAAACUGACAAAGAUAUGAUGAAUGAAUAGGAUUGAUGAUGUAUCAUCGAUUCAUCCCUAGUAAAGCUGUGCUAUAGUAUAUAACACUAGUCAGCUUUUCUUGAUGCAACCCACAGAUGGUACUGUGCAGUCAGCGGGCAUUAAUAUUGCUGUUCAGCAACUGCCUCUUGUCGUUCAAGUUGUAUCAUCCACUCUUGUGGUGUACGAUCAUGCUAUCACGUUCGCUCAAGAAGUGACUUUCUUUUGGUCCAGUUCAUGGUCGCUGUCAAGAAUACUGUAUUUCAUGAUCCGAUACUUGGCUCUUGCGCAAGUUUGUCUUAAUUCUGUGACAAGAAUAGGAGUAGCCAAGGCUCACAACGAUCUUGUGUCUGCUAUACUUGAAUACACUGUUAGAUUAACGGUCAUGAUUCUGUGCCAAUGUGUUAUAACAUUGCGAGUAUGGCAUCUGUUUCCUCGGAGUCGCUUCAUCAGAUGGUUGGCAGUCACUAUUUUCACCGCUUGCUUGGCAGGAGGUGCAAUAUUUGACACCAUCAAGUAUAAUGUAAUCAAAAGUGCCGCGAAGACGAACAAUACUUUAAUAUUCGCACAGUGCCGUACAUUUUCAUUCAUCCUCUACCUGCCAGCCUUGGUUGUCCAUACAACUAUGUUCUUACUUACACUGUAUCGCUUUCGCGUCACCCCCAGAACCUUGCAGCAACACGGGAUGAUCCACCGAUUCGUCAAAGAGGGAAUGAUCUUGUAUUCGUUUGCAGCCGGAUCGCUACUGUACGAAAUCAUCAGUCUUUCUCUGGUUAAACCAGAGGACAUAUCCCAACACCUAUCAUCCAGAAUAGCAAUGGCAGCUACGGCUGUCUCUAUCUGUCGCGCGAUGCUAAGCAUCCGGUGCUUGGCUGCAACUUACCAUGUCGAUCCGGCAUGGUUGCUCAACCAUGCGGAACUCAGUCGUGUCCAAUGGAGGAGAGGGCACACUGAAGGAGAAAUUUACGUUGAAGUCAGCGAGAUGGAUGUGGUUCUCCCGUCCAAAUCUGCGGCAUUACCUGAUGGGAAUAUUGGAAGAGAAGACGAGGUGUAA